UUUUUAUAUACGUUUUGGGUAAAAAUAUUUUUUAAAUUAAUUGGUUUAUUUUUAGGUUUAUCUAUUGUCGAUUUAUUUGUAAUUAUGCACUUACCUAUGCUCAUUUUUGAAAUGUUAGAAGGCCAGUGGAUAUUUGGGGGAGGAAUGUGUAAAUUAUACUGGUUCGGCGAGUCUGUAAAUAAAUUGCUCAGUUCAUUUCUUAUGACAGUGUUAAGUUGGGAUCGUUUUAUGGCCGUCUGCUACCCAAUAAGGUCUAUAGGAAUGCGAACAAACACAGUUGCAAUUUCCGUCUUAGCAAGCUGUACUUUUAUUGCCACCCUUCUUCUCUACCCCGUCCUAAAAGAAUCACAAGUUUACCAAGUUAAUAGACUUACGGGACUGAGACUUGUUGAUGAAGAAAUUAUUGCUGCUUCACAACAACAAGAUCUUCCUAGUAAUCAUUCUUUUACACCACCACAACCACACCAAAUUGUGCUCAAAUGCGUGUUUGAUACAAAUUCACCUUUCUUUAUGUUAUACACAUUUACUGUUGGGUAUUUAAUUCCGGCAAUGCUAAUUACUUUCUUUUAUGCACAGGUAAAGGAUUAUAUGCUGAAAUAUAAACUUGAAAUUGUAGAAUACAAAUAA